GGAGUCCAAAGGCACAACGGUGCAAAGUUGUAGAGGUGUAGGCGCUACAUUCCUUGUCCGUCACGGGGAGUGGGCGGGUGCUGAGCUGCUCUCCCAGGAUUGAAUCUUUGCAUUUUCUCAUCAAGUCGACGUCGCGAUUAGAAGCAUCCCGUCACCAUGCAUAUCCGGGAGAUGCUGGCGGAAGCCGAGAGGACCGGCAACCCGUCCUUCUCGUUUGAGUACUUCCCGCCCAAGACGGCCCAGGGUGUGCAGAACCUCUACGACCGCAUGGAGCGCAUGUACAACUUUGGCCCCAAGUUCAUCGACAUCACCUGGGGCGCCGGCGGCCGCAUCGCCGAGCUAACCUGUGAGAUGGUGGUUCAGGCGCAGACGUACCUGGGGCUCGAGGCGUGCAUGCACCUCACUUGCACCGACAUGGGCGAAGAGAAGGUCAAUGAUGCUCUUCGGAAGGCUUACAAGGCCGGCUGCACCAACAUUCUCGCCCUCCGCGGCGACCCGCCACGCGACAAGGAGAAAUGGGAGGCUACCGACACCAAAUUCCGGUACGCCCGCGAUCUCGUGGCCCACAUCCGCAAGAUGUACGGCAACCACUUCGAUAUCGGCGUGGCCGGCUACCCGGAGGGCUGUGACGACAACAAGGACGAGGAUUUGCUCCUUGACCAUCUUAAGGAGAAAGUUGACAUGGGGGCUUCGUUCAUCGUUACGCAGAUGUUCUACGAUGUCGACAACUUCCUCCGCUGGGUCGGGAAGGUCAGGGAACGCGGCAUCACCGUGCCCAUCGUGCCCGGUAUCAUGCCCAUCGCCACCUACGCCAGCUUCCUACGCCGCGCGAAUCACAUGAACUGCAAGAUUCCCGAAGAAUGGAUGGCGAAGCUUGAACCGGUCAAGAACGACGACGUGGCGGUCCGCGAUAUCGGCAAGGUGUUGGUGGCUGACAUGUGCCGCAAGAUCCUCGCUGCUGGUAUCCGCCACCUGCACUUUUACACCAUGAACCUCGCCCAGGCGACUCGCAUGGUUCUGGAGGAGCUCGACUGGUUGCCGUCGCCCGAGCGCCCCCUCAAGCAGGCUCUCCCUUGGAAGCAGUCCCUGGGUCUCGGGCGCCGCACCGAAGACGUCCGGCCCAUCUUCUGGCGAAACCGCAACAAGUCGUACGUCGCGCGCACCCAGGACUGGGACGAGUUUCCCAACGGCCGCUGGGGUGAUUCAAGAUCUCCAGCUUUCGGCGAGCUCGAUGCCUACGGUAUUGGCUUGAAAGGCACCAACGAGCAGAACCGCCAGAAGUGGGGUGAACCGACCUGCGUUAGGGACAUCGCCAAUCUCUUUGUUCGUUAUCUGAACAAGGAGAUCGACUACCUCCCCUGGAGCGAGGCCCCGGUUGCGGAAGAGGCCGAACUUAUCAAGAAAGAGCUGAUUGAUCUGAACAAGCGCGGGCUCAUCACCGUCAACUCGCAGCCCGCUGUCAACGGUGCCAAAUCAAACCACCCCGUUCACGGUUGGGGUCCCUCAAAUGGCUACGUCUAUCAGAAGGCCUACCUCGAAAUGCUGGUCGCGCCCGAGCUCUUCCCAGAGGUCAAGCGCCGCAUCGAGCAACACCCCGACCUGACCUACCACGCCGUGACCAAGGCUGGCAACCUGUACACGAACGCGCAGUUCGAGGGACCCAACGCCGUCACCUGGGGUGUGUUCCCGGGCAAGGAAAUUGUCCAGCCUACCAUUGUGGAGAGAAUCAGUUUCCUUGCUUGGAAGGAUGAGGCGUUCCAACUCGGAACGGAGUGGGCUCGUUGUUACGAGUCAGGCAGCCCCAGCCGCCUGAUCCUGGAAGAGAUCAUGAACACCUGGUAUCUUGUAAACAUUGUAAACAACGACUUCCACCGGGGCGAGACCAUCUUUGAGGUCCUAGACGGACUGGAGGUCCCGAACCUGGACAGAGUUCCGGAGCCGCAGGGUAACGGCGUUACGAACGGCGCUCCUAAUGGCGUCGAGGCAUCUACAUAAUACCUCAGGAUCAUCGUUAUCGCUCAGCUCGGACCGCUCAACCUUGCCGACUGCUUGACGACGAACGAAACUUUUUCAACACUACUUGCAUGGCCGAAGUAUAUUUCAACCUCCCAACUUGCACACACAGACGACCUUUAAUAUCCAUCUAUCCAUCCGCAGCCUGGAGCGGGACGGGACCGGGCCUAGGCCAGGAGGGACGCAUUUGACGACGAACGCAACAUUUGGACAUUAUUUAACAUACAACAGCAUGCAUAUGGGAAGGCGUUUUUUUGAUUCAUUAGGGGGUGGGCGAACAAAAAAAGAGGAAGAAAUGCGCGCAUGAUGGGGCGUGGGCGUUUACUCCCCCAGGUUCGGGUCUCUUGGUUUUUUUCAACAAAAAGGGAAAGGCGGGCGGUGUUGGAAAAGGAUGGAUGGAUUUUUUUUCAGUCAUCAACUGGUUGUAGACACAUGCAUCCGAGGACUGGUGUCAGGACAGCGGGGAGGUGGUGAUGGUCCAACCCCAGUUUUGAUGCAUCGCCGAAAAUCUCAACGAUACCCAGGGGAAUUUAGGCAGGAUCGGAUCUACUUGGCAGGUGUCUGGCUCUCUUUGUAGAGGAUAGACAACCUUUCAACUUCAACAGUGGUUAAUACAGGCAGAAGGAUAUAUGAGUGAAGAAAAAAAAAAAGGAAAAAAAGACCUCGUCUGUAAGAGAGAGAGAAAGGGUCAAGCUUGUGACGAGAGAGGGAGUCAUCGUGUGAGCAGUGAAAGUGAUGGUGACAAGACCAAAAGAAAGAUCAUCGAGACCCUCCAAAUGGUUCAGCUUAUUGUCACUUGUUCGUCGG